AUCAUCAGCAAUACUACAAUACAUACUCUGCUAGGCAAUUAAAUUUUAUUUGCAAUAUUGUUGCCGAUCAGCCGAAUCUGACCUUUUUGCUCUCUAGCCAGAUAUUCGCGAGACGCAUAACCAUAGUCCGUUGUCCAUCUUUGCGUGUGAGAUCGAACUCAUGUAUUUAUAUCAUUCGUUUGAGAUUUUAAAUUUUUAUUGGUUUUCUCAUUUUUCGAGAGAAGACAGAAGAGAAAUCAGUUAUUUGCAUGGAUUUUCAUUCGAUCCGUUUUGACCAGUAUUUAUUCAAUACUAACAAAGCUUGCAGCUGAUAGCCUCAUUCAGAUUGAUAAGUUCGGUGAUAACCUACAGUCUGAAUGUGAUGAACGACAAAAAAAAACGUAAGCGUAUGUAAUGAUGACUUGAGGCCACUAUUAACCCUUAUAAAUACUCAUAGUGUCAUAAUUGUCGUUUUAACCAUGCUGUCGCAGCAAGUGAUUGGAAACCGUUCGUUAACAAAUGAAAUCAUGAGCAAUGAAAGUGCACACUCUACUGAUGGGUUAACCAUCAUCAUUUCAAUGUUGUUAAUCACAGCCAAUAUCACUGAUUAAACACAUUUUGCACAAUAUCUCGCCCUAAAAUUAUGAAAACCUCAUAGCCCAUCAGUUCACUGCAACGAGUGUCGUCAACGAUGUUCACUUGAGCAUGAAGAAAAUCGACAAUCGCUGUUUUCCCUUUUUGUCUCUCUCCUUUCUAUCUCUCUCUAUCGUAAUUUUGUUUCGUUGCUGUUGUUUGAAUUCCGAUUUCACAGUGUUGCGCCUGAUUCGUUUGACCAGUCGUUCUAUUGAUAACAACAGCUAACGUUGUCUGUACAAGGAAUUUUCAAGGAGAAUAAAUUGCUUGCGUUACGCCAGCCAAUUCAAUCAUCCAGAAAAAUUGGACUCAGUCACUUUUUUUACACACGUUCCUAAUUAAUGCAAAAGUUUUUAUCAUAAUAACCUGAACUCUUCUCUUCUCACACCGAAAAAGUGGAAGCUAGCCAGCCGUUUAUGAAAAUAAAAUCACUCAAUACCAAGUGGAAUAAAACUGUUUCGAUUCAUUUUCGAUUCGAUUUGCUAAUGAGCAAUUUGUGAACAAUAUAUUUUUUGUCUAUUUCUCUUAUUUGUGAGACUGAACUGUUGCAACUAAUCGAUUGUGCUGUGGCAUAUAACGGCCAUUAUCAUUGUUUUUAAAAUCAGAUUUUACAAAUAAAAAUUGUGCGACAAAUUUCGCAACAUCUCGAGUGUAGAAAAACUAUCGAUUUUGUUGUGUGCUUCUUUUUUCUUAACAAGAAAAUAAAAGAAAGAUUGUGAUUUUAAAGACUUUUCUAUUGAAAUAAAAAGUUUUAAUGGUGAUUUCAAGACCAACAAACAUUCUCUCUGUGGCAAACCAACAAAUUUCACACGCUAAAUUGUAUCAAUUUAUACAUCAAUUAAAGCAAUUGGCAAUCAUCAUCUGUGUACUAUUUAUACAAUAUAAAAUGCCAUCACUUCCACAAGCCGCCUUUGCCGUGUGUAAAAUGCGUGAACAGAAUUCGCGUCGUCCAUCGAAGAGUCAGGAUGGUGCUGGUGCCACUCCAAUCGUAUACAAUCAAAAGCAAUUGGAAUAUCUACCAGUGAAAUACAAUGAGAAAUUCAUGAAUGCAAUUUGGGGCCACUACAACCGUUAUUCUCCGCAUAAUAUCAAAAGCAAUGAUGCAGCUAUUGCCAUUUCAACAAGUGGAAAAGAAUUGAUGGCAGCCGCAGCCACUGCUGUCUCUGCAUCAAUUAAACAACAAUCUUUCGUCUAGAAUCUCAUUUACACUAGAUUUUAAAGAAUUUAUAUAUAUAGACAGACAGAAAGUGAUCCUUUUUGCUUUCGUCCUCCCCCCAAAGCCUGCAAAAUACAUUGUUAGAAAUGGCAUGAAUAAAUAAUCAAUAAAAUAA